AUGCACCACCUCCUCACCCCCCUUUUCGCCUACCUCUUCCUCUUCCUCUCCCUCUCCCUCGUCUUCCCCGCCUCCGCCUCCGCCUCACCGGUCUCCAAAUCAUCUUCAUCUUCAAAGCUCAUCCACACCCCCCGGUUAUACCCAACAGACCUCUGCGCAAACACCACCAGCACUAUCAUUCCCCACCUCUGGUCCGUCCAAAUCCACUCCAUAAACUACAGCAUCCCGGGUAACUACGACUCCCCCGGUAGCAACGCCUCCUUCUCCGUUACCAACUCGUUUACGAAUGUCACGAACAAGAUCGAGUGUGGGUUGAGGUUUGAUAGUCUUUGCGAUGUCAAAUUGAGUGGUCUGGGCAGUCAAGAGAAUGAAAAGAGUGGGGUCACUGGGGUGUUGGAUAUCCAUCUACAGGUUCUGAUUGAAGUGGCGUAUGUUACUGUUGUUGAGACGGUUACUUGCAAGGACGGACCUGGGACCGGGAAUGGGGACGGGAAUGGGACGGGGAUUGGGAAUGGGACGGGGAUUGGGAAUGGGAAUGCGGGGGGAAGGACAAGGACAGGAGACGAGAAGUGUGAGUGUGGGUGGGAUGGCGGAGGUUUAUCUUGGUUGUGA